GCACAGAGUUCACAGCAGGACUGCUGGUGAAGAUUAUCAUCACCGUACAAAGCAAAAGGGAUUACAUUCCAUACUGUUUGUGUUUAUGGCCUCAUUAGCCAUCGGACACGUAAAAACGCACACAUGUUAGAGCCGCAACAUGUCUUUUGACGCAACAUUGGCUCCGAAAGCGGAUGCAAAGUUUCUGUCUCAGGAGCGGAACACCAGCAGCGCAUCUGAAUAUUCACACCUGCAGUCAGGUAUCAUCAUUGCCACCGUGUACGCGCUCAUUAUUAUUGUGGGAUUAAUUGGUAACCUUACGCUCAUCAGGACGUUUUGCAUCGUGAAGUCGAUGCGCAAUGUUCCCAAUCUGUUCAUGUCGAGUCUGGCUCUCGGAGACGUGUUGCUCCUGGUCACCUGCGCGCCCGUGGACGCCAGUAAGUUUUUGACGGAUGAGUGGAUCUUCGGACGGGUGGGUUGUAAACUCAUUCCGUUUAUCCAGCUAACUUCAGUCGGGGUGUCGGUGUUCACUCUUACAGCGUUGGCAGCGGACAGAUACAAGGCCAUUGUCAAACCAAUGGACAUCCAGACGUCAAAUGCCACACUAAAGGUCUGCCUGAAAGCCACUUCGAUUUGGCUGCUCUCCAUGGUGCUGGCCAUUCCUGAGGCUGUGUUCUCUGACCUCCACGCCUUCCACAUAUCCAAAACCAACGAGAGCUUCAGAGCAUGUGCUCCAUAUCCCCAUGUUGGAGAUCUGCACCCCAAAAUCCACUCCAUGGGCUCUUUCCUCAUUCUUUACAUCAUUCCUCUCCUCAUCAUCUCGGUGUACUAUAUCUUCAUCGCCAAGAGUUUGAUUCAGAGUGCGAGUAACAUGCCUGUGGAAGGAAAUGCCCACAUACGGAGACAGAUCGAGUCACGGAUGCGUCUUGCGAAAACAGUGCUGGUGUUCGUGGGCCUUUUUGCCAUCUGCUGGCUCCCCAACCAUGUGAUUUACCUCUACCGUUCUUAUCACUACACAGAGGUGGACACUUCCAUGGCCCAUUUCAUCUCCAGUGUAUGCGCGCGUAUCCUCGCCUUCACCAACUCGUGCGUCAACCCCUUCGCUCUCUACCUCCUCAGCAAAUCUUUUCGAAAACAGUUCAACAAACAGCUUUGCUGCUGCUGUCCGUCCAUCGUCAUGCGUUCCCAAAGCACAGCACGUAACAACACUCGACUCAGCUCGCUCAAGAGCACCCAUAAUCACUCUGUUGCCAGCUUCAGUCUUAUUAAUGGAAAUGCUGUCUGCCAGUAGGUCAUGCAUCUUCUUUUAAUGUUAAAUCAUAACAUUUAUAUGAAGUGGUGUCUGUUUGUUAUUGUUGAAUUGCCUUUUUACCUGUAAUUGGUGUUUGUACGUUUUGCUCUGAAAGGACAAAGAAAAUCCAGUUAUGGAGGACAAUUGUUGUUUCAAUGACUUUCAAUGAGCUGAAAAUAUUCUGUUUGGUAAGUGAGUUUCAAAAAUAUGAAGAUGAAUAGCACAUGCUUGUCUAUAAUAAAUGUGCUUUUAGAGACAAAAUCAUAUAAUGUGAUGGAGUGAACAAAUGUUAUGUAAUAUUUAUUUAUUUUGUUUUAUCCUAUUUAGAUCAGUGUUUUAAGUGAGACUUGUGGUUAAAUGUGAAAUAGUAAUGGUCUUAUCUGCUUUACUUGCUAAAAGCAGAAUUGGUUAAAAAAAAAUAUUUUAUUUAAAUGUUUAUAUUUAGAAAAUCUUUUGUAGUUACUUUUUUCCUAACAGAAACACCAGAAAGCUUAUCACUCCAUCAAACCUCAACCCAAAAGUGAUAUCCAAUGGUAAAAUAUCAGGGGCUACUGAGAGUAAACAUCACAGUUUUAAAGAAAGGAAAUAAUAGAGGACCACAUUUUUUUCAAAUAACAAAAUCUUAUCCAUUAGUUUAUACCUAAUUAUUUCAAAAUGUGGUUUGACAGGUGUCAUGAGCAAUUCAGUCCCCCCGAGCAAUUCGGUCUCCCCUAGGACCCCGCGUGAUUCCAUUGGCUGGAAAAACUCCUCAUGGGUAGUUUUCUUAGCGCCUUAUUACAAUUCCUACAAAAUCGCGUUAUGAUUAAUGUAGUUAGAACGUUGUUAAAAUUACAAUUGAUGUCUUUUAAAUGAUGUUUCAUAUAGUAGUAUAUAAAUGAGGCUAUAGGUGGGAGAUCUACACAUUGCUUGUGUCAUAUUAUUUAGAUAUUAUAUUCUGUACCAUUUCCACUUUUUACUGUCUACUUAUACAAUUAAUUAAUCCCUUAUACAAAACAUUACUACAUAGUUGAAUCACACAUUUAAAUUAUAAUUUAUAAGCCAUGAUAACUACACUUUUACUAUUAAAAAAAAUAUAUUCCGUAAGGUAUGUACAUUUUUAAUUUGUAAAAAUAAAAGUAUGUUUUUUGUAAAGCAGAUGAUGACACAAAAGUACUGACAUGUCUGCAACUUGAAUAUUAGUUUAUUAUAUUAUUUUUUUGGUUAACUUUUAUUUUAAAAACAUUUUAUGUUUCUAUUUUGUACAACGUAAUUAGCUUGCUAGACCGCUUACCUUACGCAGACGAGAUAUCGCAAUCACACAUUUUUGAGCAGGCAUUAGUGCUAGGUACCAAUCGGGGUCCUAGGGGAGACCGAAUUGCCUGGGGGACCGAAUUGCUCAUGACAACUGUCAGACAUAUUUCAAGAUUUGGAUCCCCUUUCUUUUUCUUUCAGAACAAUAGAAUGAGUUUUUGGCAAAAAUCAAUCCAUAAUAAGAAACAAACUGUAGUGUAGUGCUGUAGUGUCCAAAUAUAAUGAAUAUAGUAUUUGGGGUUUAAAUCAUUUUAAAGGCCCCGUAUGGAUUAAUGACUCUAUGGAUUAUUGACCGAUGCUGUUGCGUUACUUGGUCAGUAUUGUGUAUGUGGUAAACAGGAAAUUGGUCCCGCAUUGCCAGAGGAACAUUUUUAUGAGACACUUCAUCUUGUAGUGCCUUUAGGGAAGACACUUUAUUUUUCUUCAGGCUAGUAUUAAGAAUCCAGAAAAUAUAUUUUCUUUUUGAUCCUUCACAAAAUGCUUUCUCGUUUUUGCCGAAGCAUUGAAGAAAAUUGACAGCUUUUUAAUUUGUGCUUUGUCAUAAUGUUCUUUUUGACCAAAAAACAAAAAACAAAAUGUGUGCACUCUAAAUAUGCUGGGUUGUUUUGAACCCAAAUACCGCUGGGUUAAACAAUUCCCACUGCUGUUAACAACAGCCCAGCAUCCAUUAUUGUGUUUUGUCCAAUAUUUACCCAGCAUAGGUUAAAACAAUACAGCAUUUUUGUAAGAGUGUUUAUGUUUAAUUUUGAGAUUAAAUGUAAUGAAGAAAAGUUUAAUGUGGAAAUAAAUGUUGUUGUUGUUGUUGACUUGUGAUCUUGUUUUACACAUAAGAGAAACUUUAUUGCAUUUGACUUUGUGAAUAAAAUGUUGUGUUUACGCACAGAAAUCUGUUAGAUAUUAAAUGUGCUUGUGAUUGUCCUUUACAUCAUGUAGCAAAACAAUGAGAGCUUUAUUAUUAGAGUUAUUCGAGUAUUAUUACACUCUAAAAAAGGGGGACAAACCCAGCCGUUGGGUUAAAUUAACCCAAAAUUAUUUCUAUGUAACCCAACAAUGGGUUUAAACACCCCAGGUUAAAUUACAACCCAGCGGAUGAGUCUGUCCCUAUUUGAAAAUAACCCAGCAUUUUUAAAGUCUAGUGUUACAUACAAAAUAAAGGUCCAGUGUGGGUUCUUUAGUGGCAUCUAGAGGUGAGAUUGCGAAUUGCAAUCUCCAUCUCAAAAUGCAUUGAGAAGCUACGGUUGCCGCCACAGGACAAAAAUGUCGCCGUCUGAGACAACGUUGGUACGAAACGGACUCUGUACAACAAUUUGUCCAUUUAGGGCUACUGUAGAAACGUGGCGGCGUCCAUGUAAGGGGACCUGUGGUGUAUAUAGAUAAGGUAAUAAAAACAACGCAGUUCAUAAUGUAAGGUCUUUAUACACCCCUAAUAACAUAGUUAUGUAUUUUAUAUUGCAUUUUUGUCAAGAGAUCCUUCUAAAAGUCCCACAUUGCACCUUUAAGUAUAGUUAUUAAUUGCCAUCGUUUUAAUAUUGUAUAGUGUGUGCUGAGAGCUUCAUACAAAUGUCAAUAUUUAUAUGUGAAAAUUUUGUAUUGUGACCCUAAAUUCUUGACCUCUGUUUUACCAGCAUUGACUUUGAGAGUAGCAAUGUAAUGUUUUUGUAUGACUGCUCCACAGAGCCAUAUUUGUCCAUUGGGGAUAUUUGAGGACAUUGUUGUAAGCCAAAAAAGAUGUAAGGGUUGAGUGAUUGUUGAGGUCAUUCGGUCCUUUUAAGAAUGUACUAGAAAACAGUUUCUUGUCACUCAUUUCUUCAAAUCUAUUAAUAAAUG